UUUUUCUCACUUUCCCCCCGUUUUCCCCUCCCCCAUUCCCAGAGGCUGGAGCGCUGCGUUGCCGUGGUCUCCUCGCUGACCAGCGGGCUCUCGGAGCGCGAGGCCAACGACGCGCUCAACGCCCACAUCUGCAAAGGGACCCCCCAGCACGAGGAGAUCUGCCUGGGGCUCUUCACCCUGGUCCUCACUGAGCCGGCCCAGGCACAGAAGUGCUACCGGGACCUGGCGCUGGUGAGCCGGGACGGGAUGAACAUCGUGCUCAACAAGAUCAACCACAUCCUCAUGGAGAAGUACCUGAAGCUGCAGGACACCUGCAGGACCCAGCUCGUGUGGCUGCUGCGGGAGCUGGUGAAGAGCGGCGUGCUGGGAGCUGAUGGGGUCUGCAUGACCUUCAUGAAGCAGAUUGCAGGUGGGGACGUGACUGCCAAGAACAUCUGGCUGGCCGAGAACGUUCUGGAGAUCCUGACAGAGCAAAGGGAGUGGGUGCUGAAGAGCAGCCUGCUGGUGGCCAUGGCUGUGUACACCUACCUGCGCCUCAUCGUGGACCACCACGGCACGGCCGCGCUGCAGGCGCUGCGCCAGAAGGAGGUGGAGUUCUGCGUGUCCCUGCUCAGGGAGAGGUUCAUGGACUGCUUCAUGAUCGGCCGGGACCUGGUGCGCCUGCUGCAGAACGUGGCGCGCAUCCCGGAGUUCGAGCAGCUCUGGAAGGACAUCCUGCACAACCCGCAGGUGCUCAGCUCCCAGUUCACAGGUGUGCUGCAGCUCCUGCAGUCCAGGACCUCCCGCAAGUUCCUGGCGUGCCGCCUGACCCCCGACAUGGAGACCAAGCUGCUCUUCAUGACCUCGCGGGUGCGCUUUGGGCAGCAGAAGCGCUACCAGGACUGGUUCCAGAGGCAGUACCUGUCCACCCCCGACAGCCAGUCCCUGCGCUGUGACCUGAUCCGCUACAUCUGCGGCGUGGUGCACCCGUCCAACGAGGUGCUGAGCUCGGACAUCCUGCCCCGCUGGGCCAUCAUCGGCUGGCUGCUCACCACCUGCACGUCAAACGUCGCUGCCUCCAACGCCAAGCUGGCGCUGUUCUACGACUGGCUGUUCUUCAACCCCGAGAAGGACAGCAUCAUGAACAUCGAGCCUGCCAUCCUGGUCAUGCACCACUCCAUGAAGCCCCACCCGGCCAUCACGGCCACGCUGCUGGACUUCAUGUGCCGGAUCAUUCCCAAUUUCUACCCCCCUCUGGAAGCCCACGUCCGCCAGGGCGUCUUCAACUCCCUCACCCACAUCGUGGAGAAGCGAGUCCUGGCGCACCUGGCCCCGCUCUUCGACAACCCCAAGCUGGACAAGGAGCUCCGGGCCAUGCUCAGGGAGAAAUUCCCGGAAUUCUGCAGCUCCCCCUCGCCCCCCAUCGAAGUGAAAAUCGAGGAGCCGGUUGCCAUGGAGAUGGAGAAUCACCUGGAGAAGGAUGACGGUUGCUAUGACAACGCCGAGGCCGCCUUCAGCGACGAUGAGGAGGAGCUGAGCAGCAAAGGGAAGAAGAGGGAGUUCAGGUUCCACCCCAUCAAGGAAUCCAUCGUGGAGGAGCCCGUGGACAUCACCCCCUUCCUGGAGCAGCUGGACGAGUCCCUGAAGGACAAAGUGCUGCAGCUGCAGAAGGGCAGCGACACGGAGGCGCAGUGCGAGGUCAUGCAGGAGAUCGUGGAUCAGGUCCUGGAGGUGUGUGUCAGUGAUACCAGGUGUGUCCCAGUGGUGCCAGCUGUGUGCCAGGUGUGUCAGCUGUGUGUCAGGUGUGUGCCAGCUGUGUGCCAGCUGUGUGCCAGCGGUGCCGGGUGCCAGCAGUGCCAGGUGCCAGGUGCGUGUGUCCCCAGCAAGGCGGCGCUGGGCAGGAUGGGGCUCUACGAGUCGUUCGCGCAGGCCACGCAGCUGGGGGAGCUGCACACGUGCCUCAUGAUGGACAUGAAGGCGUGCCAGGAGGACGACGUGCGCCUGCUCUGCUUCCUCACGCCCUCCAUCUACACCGAGUUUCCCGAUGAGACCCUGCGGAGCGGGGAGCUGCUCAACAUGAUCGUGGCUGUCAUCGACUCCUUCCAGCUCCAGGAGCUCGUGUGCCACGUGAUGAUGGGAAACCUCGUCAUGUUCCGCAAGGAUUCCGUGCUGAACAUCCUCAUCCAGAGCCUGGACUGGGAGACCUUUGAGCAGUACUGCACGUGGCAGCUGUUCCUGGCACACAGCAUCCCCCUGGAGACCAUCAUCCCCAUCCUGCAGCACCUCAAGUACAAGGAGCACCCCGAGGCCCUGUCCUGCCUCCUGCUGCAGCUCCGCAGGGAAAAGCCCAGCGAGGAGAUGGUGAAGAUGGUGCUGAGCCGGCCGUGCCACCCCGAGGACCAGUUCACCACCAGCAUCCUGCGGCACUGGGGGCUGCGGCACGACGACCUGCUGGGCGAGCACAUCAAGGCCCUGCUGAUCAAGAACAACAGCCUGCCCCGCAAGAGGCAGAGCCUCCGCAGCUCCAGCAGCAAGCUGGCCCAGCUGACCCUGGAGCAGAUCCUGGAGCACCUGGACAACCUCCGCCUCAACCUCACCAACACCAAGCACAACUUUUUCAGCCAGACCCCGAUCCUGCAGGCGCUGCAGCACGUCCAGGCCAGCUGCGACGAGGCCCACAAGAUGAAGUUCUCCGACCUCUUCUCCCUGGCCGAGGAAUACGAGGAUUCCUCCAGCAAACCCCCCAAGAGCCGCCGGAAAGCCACGGCGCUGGCCAGCCCCCGCAGCCGCAAGAACGCGGCGCAGCCCCCCAACAACGAGGAGGAGUCUGGCUCCAGCAGCGCCUCGGAGGAGGAGGACACCAAACCCAAACCGGCCAAGAGGAAAAGGAAAGGCUCCUCCGCCGUGGGCUCGGACAGUGACUGAGGCUGGGACCCCCCCGGGACCCCUCGGGACCCCCCGGGACCCCCAGGACACCCUCGGGAACCCCCAGGACUCCCUGGGACCCCCAGGACUCCUCCAGGACCCCCUG